AUAAAAUUAAGACAUUUCUAAACCUCAAAACCCAAUCUUUCGUUUCAUCUUUUUGCCGGAUGUUGUCAAAAUCCUCUGCAAACCUCCAAUGCCCUCAUCAAAAUGGCUGGCUAGUUCUCGCCAAGGUCAACGCACCAACCCACUGGUCUGGUGUGCAGCCAUAAUCUGCAGUAUCAUUUCUGUCGCCGUCAUCAUUGCCGGCAUCGUCGUCUUCGUCGGCUAUAUGGUUGUCCAUCCUCGAGUUCCAUUCAUCCGCGUCAUGAACGCCCAUCUCGACCUUCUCCGCUACGAUUAUGCCGGCGUGCUCGAAACCCAGAUCACCAUCAUCAUUCGCGCAGAAAACGAUAACGAGAGGGCUCACGCCACCUUCUCCAAGAACUUGUUUACUCUGAGCUUCGACGGAAUGAGUAUUGCUCAGCUGGUUGCCGGGACUUUCGAUGUGAGGAAAAACAGUUCGGUGGAUUUUCAUUAUGUGGUUCAGUCGUCGCCUAUACCAUUGGAUGAGGAACAAAUGAAGGUUGUAGACAUGGCGUUGAAGGAGGAUCAGAUUAGGUUUAAUUUGAAAGGGAACUUCAGGGCUCGAUGGAGAGUAGGCUUGCUCGGUUCAGUCAAAUUCUGGCGAGGCUUGAAUUGCGACCUCCGUUUUCGUCCAUCUUCUCAUGAAUAUAUCAAUGCAUCACCUUGCAGCUCCAAGGCUAAAUAAAUAAAAUAUUUAUUAUUAUAUAUUCCUUUUGUUUUCUUGUUUUAUUUGUGUACGAUUAAUUAUUUCA